AUGAAUGAAUUUGGAACGACAACAGAAAUUAUGCAAGCAAAGGUAGCCGCGACAAUAUUCAAAGAUGUCAAUCAAGAUCGUCUUUUAAAGCGCAGUUUAUCGUGCGGGCUUCAUGCUUUCCAAAGUUCAAAGAAAUCGAAGAAAGUUGUGGCUCUUCGAUGGUUGAACGCUCGCAUGUGCACGCAUGUGCAUGUGCAUAUGGAUGGGCUACGCGGUGAAAUAAAAUAUGGAUGCUACUGCGAAUACGAUGAAGGGAAAAUUUGGGAUUUGAUGUUUAUUCGCUGCUACUUCAAGGAAAGUGACGUCUAA